AUUUUAUUAAGGUUUUCCCUCCACUCAGUCACUAAUCCCUCUAACGCCACCCGACUGUACCAUUUGAAGUUUAAACUGAAGAUUGUUCGAACUGCAGAGUGCACUGCAGCAGAGUACCAAUUCUCAGAUCAACGACAGAGUUCUUGUAGGUUUCAUUGCUAUGGAGCUUAAUUCACAGCACAGACCAUUUUCAAUCAAAUUAUGGCCUCCUAGUCAGAACACUAGACAGGCACUUGUGGAGAGGAUGACCAACAAUCUGACGACUAAAUCUGUUUUCACGCAGAAGUAUGAAACUUUGAACCAGGAAGAGGCUGAAGAGAAUGCAAAAAGAAUAGAGGAUGUGGCUUUUGCCACUGCAAACCUAAACCAUGAGAAAGAGCCAGAUGGUGAUGGAGGUUCUGCAGUCCAGCUUUAUGCCAAAGAAUGUAGUGAGCUACUCCUAGAUGUUCUUAAAAGAGGACACAGUCAAAAGGAUAACGAAGAACUGAUAACAUCUGACAAUACCAGUGCACAUCAUGAAUCUGUUUUUGAUAUAUCUAAAGGCCAAAGGGCCUUCCUUGAAGCCGAGGAGGCUCAGGAACUUUUAAGGCCAUUAAAGGAGCCAGGAAAUUCUUUCACUAAAAUAUGCUUCAGCAACAGAAGUUUUGGAAUAGGAGCAGCGGAAGUUGCCCAGCCCAUUCUCAUUUCCCUCAAGGAACAAUUGAAAGACGUAGAUCUAUCAGAUUUUAUUGCUGGAAGAUCAGAAGCAGAAGCUCUUGAUGUCAUGAAUAUAUUCUCAACUGCUCUAGAAGGUUGUGUCUUGAAGUCUUUAAAUCUCUCUGAGAAUGCUUUAGGUGAGAAAGGUGUUAGAGCAUUUGGACCACUCUUGAAAUCACAGAAAUGCUUGGAGGAGCUUUAUCUGAUUAAUGAUGGAAUCUCAGAGGAAGCUGCUAGAGCAGUUUGUGAGUUGAUUCCUUCCACAGAGAAGCUCAAAGUUCUUCAUUUUCAUAGUAACAUGACUGGAGAUGAAGGGGCACUAGCUAUAGCUGAGGUUGUGAAGUGUUCUCCUUCAUUGGAGGAUUUUCGUUGUUCCUCCACCAGGAUAUGCACUGAAGGUGGAGUUGCCUUGUCUGAUGCUUUAGGGAAUUUUACCCAUCUGAAGAAGCUCGAUUUGCGAGACAACAUGUUGGGUGUAGAGGGUGGGGUUUCUCUGAGUAAAGCUCUUACAAAGCAUGCAGAGUUAAGAGAGAUAUACCUGAGCUAUCUGAACUUGGAAGAUGAUGCUGCAAUUGCUAUAGUCGAUGCUCUUAAGGAAUCAGCUCCUUACCUUGAAGUUUUUGAGAUGAGUGGAAAUGACAUUACAGUUGAUGCUGCUCCUACAAUAGUAGCCUGCCUAGCAGCAAAGCAGUUUCUUGCCAAGUUGAACCUCUCUGAGAAUGAACUCAAGGAUGAAGGUGCCAUCCAGGUAAGUAAUGGUCUAAAAGGCCAUGCCCAGUUAAAGGAAAUUGAUCUAAGUUGCAACCAAAUAACAAGGGCUGGGGCUCAACAUUUGGCUUUGACUGUGGUGCAAAAGGCUGAUUUCAAAUUUCUGAACAUUGAUGGAAACCUCAUAUCCAAUGAAGGCAUUGAUGAGUUGAUAGAUAUAUUUAAAAGUUCUCCAGGCAUGCUUGGUCCGUUAGACAAUAAUGACCCUGAUGGAAGGGACAAUGAUGAAAAAUCUGAUGAAAGCAGUGAGGAUGAACUGGAAUCCAAAAUGAAGAACCUUGUAGUUAAUUGAACUGGAGCAGUUGUAAUCUAUUUUCAUAUUCUUCUGCACAUGCUACUCUUAUGACGAUAGUAGAGGGUGUAGACCAUUUUAUUCCGAGCAGUUUAUGUAACUAUUAAGACGCACCAGUUGACAACAGUCAAUCAUUGAGGGUAUGAAAUGUCUGGACUAGGUAUGGUAAUCUUGUUUUCAAUGUUUCUUGUAAUGGAUA